UUGUCAAACCUCGCGCACAGGCGGGGGGUAGUUGUGACAAGAACAGCAACAGCAACAGCGUGGACGACAUGUCAGCCAGUCAUAGACACUAAUUUGCGAGUGAAUGACAGAAUCAGUCGAAUGUUACUGUAUUUAUUGCUGUAGUUAGUUUAUUUUCAUCGCGACGCAUUUCUUGUGUUUAAAAAUAUAUAUAGACGGAAGCAGUUGUGUAGCAGCAAGCUAACGGCUAGCGAGCGUUAACUCAGCUAAUGUUUGGCUAACUUUAAGCAAAGAGAAGUCUGGGAAUUUCACUGGAAACGUUGGAAGCGUUGGAAUUUGCCCUGUUGGUGUCACUUCAGCCUCCAGAGUAAGUGCUGCUGCCCCCUAGUGUUUGGAUUUAUGAGUGCGCGCCGAGGCAGCAGAGCAUAGUGCUCAGGUAUGGGGAGUGGAGUCCAUGAGAAACGUCUGUCACUCACUAAGGAAGAUGGGCUGCCACAGGCCUCCACUCAGGCAGAAAGCAUGAAGCAGAAGACUCCCUCUGUCAUCACCACACUCUUCUCGGGGGCUUUUGCAGGCGCUGUGGCCAAGACAGCUGUCGCUCCAUUGGACAGGACUAAAAUCAUCUUCCAAGUGUCUUCAGCGAGAUUCUCUGCCAAAGAGGCCUACAGGGUAAUCUACCGCACAUACCUGAAGGAUGGCUUCCUCAGUCUGUGGAGGGGCAACUCCGCCACCAUGGUGCGGGUCAUCCCGUAUGCCGCCAUCCAGUUCUGUGCUCACGAGCAGUACAAAAGUCUCCUGGGGGACUACUACGGCUUCCAGGGAAAGGCCCUACCUCCACUCCCGAGGUUACUGGCUGGAUCCAUGGCAGGCACCACUGCCACCAUGUUGACAUAUCCUCUGGAUAUGGUGCGAGCUCGGAUGGCUGUGACACCAAAGGAAAUGUACAGCAACAUCCUGCAUGUAUUCGUAAGGAUCUCUCGGGAGGAGGGGCUAAAGACACUGUAUCGAGGUUUUGCCCCCACCAUACUAGGCGUGGUUCCCUAUGCGGGGCUCAGCUUCUUUACCUAUGAGACGCUGAAGAAGCUUCAUGCAGAAAACAGUGGCCGCCCAGAGCCUUACUCUUAUGAACGUCUGGCCUUUGGGGCCUGUGCGGGCCUCAUUGGUCAGUCUGCGUCUUACCCCUUGGAUGUGGUACGGCGGCGCAUGCAGACGGCAGGCGUCACGGGUCACACGUACGGCACCAUCCUGGGCACCAUCAAGGAAAUCAUGUCGGAGGAGGGGGUCAUCAGAGGACUCUUCAAAGGCCUCAGUAUGAACUGGGUCAAAGGGCCCAUUGCGGUGGGAAUCAGCUUCACUACCUUUGACCUCACUGAGAUUCUUCUGAGCAAGCUCCGUGAGAUGGGUUACACAUCUCGGUAAUGGCGGGGAGACGGGAGUGGCUGAUAGGAUCUUGUGGCGAGAGUGUGUGAGGAGCAUAUGCCAAUCAAAACACACAUACUCAUAUGGGGUAAGCGUGUCGUCAUACAUGAUGUGUAUGUGACGUCCACACUGUCACGUGCUUCAAAGUGCAAUAUGAUCUGUAGUUUUUUUUUAAUCCUUACUUAAUUAUAACUGACACGGGUGACAGACACACACACUCUUACUGCUGCCUUGUGGACGUGAACUAACGCCUUCCAAUGCAAUGUAGGCUGCCAUUUAUUUACUAUCCACUUAAUGGUCUAAUGUGUGAUAUUAACACAUAAAUGUGAUUUAUUAAAGACAUAUAAAAGUGGAUUAAUGAGAUAUUGACUGGAAAAUGUCCCUCCAGUUCAGCCCAAAGUGAUGUAAGGAUUGUAAGGAUGAACUAUGAAAUGAUGCCAGUGACAGUGAAAUGAAAGUGUAUAUUGAUGUUUGCUAGGACAAUAGCAAGCAUUUUGCGGUUUUUACAUUUUAAAUCCCUUCCGCACAAACAUUUCUAGAAGCUCUGUAAUGCAUUUGAUUGCAUCACAGUAACUUGUAAUUCUUGAAUUGUAUUUCCACUAAUGCUCCCAAUGGUUGCGCUAUAAGUGAGCUGAAGUUUCACUUUUUGACAAAAUUAAUGCAGAGGACAAUGUAUUAAAUAUCAUCAGUUUUUGUUACUUUAAUAACAUAGUAGUUAACUUUGGGUCAUAAUUCAAAUAACUCUUCAUUCGGAUUUUAUCUCAACAUGUCAUAUUUGGGUGCCGUAUUGUUUUAAAGGCAAACUGUUGUCUGAUAGUUGAGCAGCAGAGGGCAGCAAAGUGUCAUAAACCGAUGAGGCAAUCGUAACUUGUGAACAGAAUAAACACCCCCCUCAGAUAUUUAUAUAUCUAUGUAUGGCUCUAUAUUAAUAUAUUUAAGUAGAAACACAAAUUGUUUUAUAACAAUAGCCAUGUUUGUUGAAAGAAUUGAGAUGGAAGCUCUCACAAGUAGUACAAAAGUGGCUGCAAUAGCUUGAUGGUGCCUUGUACUGUGGGACUUCAUGUCUUCUUUGUCAGCUACCAGUGCCGCUAAUUUCUUAUUCCAUUGGAUGUCCAAUGUAUGGACAAGUAUGGCCUACUUGGGGGAGCCGCAAGCUGGCUCGACAUCUCAGUAGCGAUUCUUUUGAAUGAAAAGUGCCUGACAAGGAAUAGUAAGUGUUUUACUAUGACUGAGCUACUGUACUAACCUUUCUGGAAGGUAUUUUCUUGGAUGUUACUGAUCAUUCAGCUAUUUCAGAUGGUUUGUUAGCAAUGUGUUUCUUCUGUUGUGAGUGUAUGGAGUACACGUUCAUGUACUUUUACAUGUAUUCAAUGAGUUGUAGUUAUGUGGGUUUUAAUUGCAAUUAAUAAACCACAUGUUUGUGUCUAGUCUUGAUGAAGACGUUCUUGCAAAAUGGAAAAUCCUAAUUUCAAUUUGCUGAUUAAUAGUAUUGUUUGUCACGCAUGGUUACAACUAUAACAAAUGACCUUGUGUUGCGUGCACAUUUGUUUUGUAAAUGUCAAAUAAAAUUGGAUAUUGUCUCCUGCUGUAAA